GGACCUCGCAUGGUUACGACUCUCUGACUCUUCUACUCAUCUUUAUGUUGCCCUGUCUCUUCCACUCCGUCUCUCUCUUAUUGUUUUAUUUCAUGUCACCAGUGAUGUAGAUCGUCCCAUGCUGGAAUGGAGUAUGCCAUUACUCAACGUCAGUAUGAAGUCUUUACAAUCUGCACAACCUUGUACAGAUCCGUAAACAAGAGCACCUGGAGAGCACUGUGGACACAUGGAGCACGCGAUACAAGCCAAGAAUAGAUCAUCUCAGGGCCUGACAGAGAUCCCGAACCACAAAGCAUUCACCUCGAGCCUCAGCUGAUUCACAUUUAUUUGUUCCUCCAUUUAAAACAUAGCACUCUACCUCCAUAGUACAAAGACCUCCAACGUUGAUCCUCCUUCUGUGCCAUAAGGACCCAGAAUAGUUCCCCUCAGAGGGGAGAUGCCCGUCCUGCUUAAUGCCGACGCCUCCUUCAGCUCCAAGCAGGAGCUCCUGGACCUUCAGGACUGCCCUCUCAGUGUAGGGCCCUCUGUAGACACCCCCAGCCCCCAGGACUCCCAGACAGGCAGCCCACAAGGCUCAGGCCCCAGAAGCCCUGGCAGCCCCGGAGAUGAUGGCCCCGCUCAGCCCCACAUAUUCACCGUGGCUUCCACGCUCCCGGGGCAGCUGUACGGGGCGGAAACACGACCCCAUGCGGGGACUCCAAUGGCGUUGAAGCUGAUCUCCACUGACUCGGAUCAGCUAUGCGGUUGGGCCCUGACGCCCAAGGCCAUCCAAGCUUUCAACACCCCUCGUUGGGUGCUGUUCUUCCUUUGUGUGGCCUCUUUCCUCCAGGGGAUGAUAAUCAACGGCUUCAUUAACACGGUGGUCACGUCCAUCGAGAGGCGCUUCGACCUGCGCAGCUACCAGGCCGGCCUCAUCGCCAGCUCCUACGACAUCGCCGCCUGCGUCUGCCUGGCUUUCGUCAGCUACUUCGGCGGCACGGGACACAAGCCCCGCUGGCUGGGCUGGGGGGUGCUGAUCAUGGCAAUUGGUUCUCUGGUGUUUGCCUUGCCCCACUUCACAACACCUCCUUACCAGGUCAGUCUGACCGAACGAACUGUUAUGUGCUCUGGCAACAGUACCAGCCCGUGCCAGGGCAAGGAGGGUGGAGGAUUGUCCAGCUAUCGUUUUGUGUUCAUGCUGGGCCAGUUCCUACACGGCGUGGGUGCUACUCCUCUCUACACCUUAGGGGUCACAUACCUGGAUGAGAACGUCAAGUCCAGCUAUGCGCCUGUUUAUAUUGGGAUCUUCUACACAGCGGCCAUUGUGGGUCCAGCAGCAGGCUACCUGCUGGGGGGAUACUUCCUCAACAUGUACACCGAGAUCCAUCUCACCACAGAGAUGACUCCAGAGAACCCUCUGUGGGUCGGGGCUUGGUGGAUCGGCUUCCUGGCAGGAGGAGCAGCAGCUUUGCUCGUAGCAUUCCCCAUCCUGGGCUACCCACGACAGCUACCAGGCUCUCAGGAGUACGUGGCCAUGCGGGUGUCUGAGGCCCACCAGCUCAAAGACGGAAGCCACACCACAGCCUCGGACCCUCAGUUCGGCAAAUCAGUCAAAGACAUGCCAAGGUCGGUGCUGCUCCUCUUGAAGAAUCCCCCCUUCCUGUUCCUGUGCUUGGCUGGGGCUACAGAGGCCACCCUCAUCGCUGGCAUGUCCACCUUUGGUCCUAAGUUCUUGGAGUCACAGUUCAGUCUCAGUGCAUCAGAGGCUGCCACAUGGUUCGGAUACAUGGUGGUACCAGCCGGCGGUGGUGGCACCUUCCUGGGCGGCUACAUCGUGAAGAGAUUGAACCUGCGCUGUCGAGGCAUCAUCCGUUUCUGCAUGAUGUGUGCAAUGGUCAGUCUGCUCGCCAUCUUCAUCUUCCUCAUCCACUGCCCCAACGUGCCCAUGGCCGGUGUCACAGCACCAUACCAGUACAGUCUGAUGGAGAAACAGCAACUGGACCAGUACAAAGGCCUGUAUGACAAGCCCAGCCAGCUGCGCAGUAGAAACAGCUCCUCUUUAGAGGAGAACCUGACAGUGGGCUGUAAUGCAGGCUGUAAUUGUGUCAGAGAACUGUACAACCCGGUGUGUGGCACAGACGGAGUGAUGUAUUACUCCCCCUGUCACGCUGGCUGCAGCUCCGUCAACCACACCGAGCAGUCCACGGGCAAACAGGUGUACUCUGGAUGCAGCUGUGUGAUGGGUAAUGUGUCCUCGGCCGAGGAUGGCUUCGCUCUAACGGGGAAGUGUGGCAGCUCCUGCCACCACAUGCCAGCCUUCCUCUCCUUUCUCUUCAUCGUCAUCUCCUUCACCUUCCUCUGUAGCAUCCCAGCACUCACUGCCACACUCAGGUGUGUGCCAGACAGCCAGAGAUCCUUUGGACUCGGUAUCCAGUGGAUUGUGGUGCGCACACUUGGUGGUAUUCCAGGGCCCAUAGCAUUCGGCUCGGUGAUUGACAUCUCCUGCUUACUGUGGCAGGAUAGGUGUGGUGAGCAGGGCUCCUGCUACCUCUACCAUAACUCAGCCAUGAGCCAGUACACACUAGUAGCUGGUAUCAUCUAUAAGGUUACGGGGACAAUCUUUUUCCUGUUGGCCAGCAUCCUGUACCAGCCUCCUCCUGAGUCGCCUCAAAGUAGCUGUGAGAGCACCGACCAUGGAGGAGGAGACGUGAGCGACCUGCCCGUCAAAGACCUGCCUGAAGACGGCGUCAUCGUCAACCUGCACGCCAGGUUGUGACGUCAGAGACCCCCCGACCGCUGACUCUCAGAAUUACUGUGUGCGUGUGUGUGUGUGUGUGUGUGUGUGUGUGUGUGUGUGUAUGUGUGUGCCUGUGUAGCUUGCUGCUUAGCGCAGUGUGUGAAUGUGUGUUUGGGUGGUGAUGGGGGGGUGGGGGGUGCUUCCUUUAUACCAACAGCCUUCUCUCAGCCAUAAUGCCACCAACCCCAACCAACACAUGCGUGCAAGACAACACAUGAACAUACACAAAUAGACAAGUAUAAUACGACACACAUACCACAACAAGGAUGCCUUCAUGCACACACACACACACACACACACACACAC